UUGGAAAAUUUGGGGGGUGGAGAGUAGAAAUUUUGUUGGUAGUUUUUCCCAGAAGCUCUCAACUUUGACAAACAAUAAAACUCAUCAUUUUUGAUCUGAGAUUAAUAUUUCCCUUAUUUUCCUUACAAAUUCAUUAUUUUUAGUUCCUUUCUCCAUCUGAGAAAAAUUCCAUGACAUUUCAGUUCGUGUCAGCUUGGACAAACUACUUUACCCCUCCCCCGGUCACCAUCUCCGAUUACGGCCCCCGCAAGCCUGGAGUUAGUUCGCACCAGUCGUCUCUCCGAAUCGCCUCGCUCGCUCCAUCUGCCCAACUCAGUGUCAGGUCAUCCUCCAGGCCGUCCAGGGAUUUCACUUUUUGUGAGUCUCGAUUCUUUGUCACCAUGUCCAAGAGAACGGGAGAAGAAGGCGGUGAAGAAGCAGUGACUAAGAAAAUCAAUCCUCAACUGGGAGAUCCGCUCAACAUGGUGAAGUGGAUCGAGGAAAACAAAAGUUCAUUUCUCCCGCCAGUUUGUAACAAGCUGAUGUAUGGGGCAGGACAGCUGAAGGUGAUGUUUGUUGGUGGACCAAAUGUCAGAAAAGACUACCACAUAGAUGAAGGAGAGGAGUUUUUCUACAUGGUCAAAGGUGAUAUGUGCUUGAAGAUUAUCGAGAAAGGAAAACCAAAGGAUGUGAUUAUCAAGGAAGGAGAGGUGUUUGUACUUCCAAGCAGAGUCCAGCACUCACCUCAACGUAAGGAGGAUACAGUUGGAUUGGUCAUUGAACGUGAGAGGCUUCCAGAGGAAACUGAUGGGUUGAGGUAUUUCUGUGAGGAUGGUGUAUCACCCCUUUGGGAAAAAUGGUUCCACUGUGAUGACCUUGGCACUCAGUUGGGUCCAAUCAUUAAGGAGUAUUUUGCCUCGGAAGAAUAUAAAACAGGAGUCGCGACCCCUGAAAACGUUGCCAAAGACCCACCUGUUAAAGUUGAUCUAGAAACUGAAGUCCAUGAACCCUUUUCACUGAAUGAGUGGAUUGCAGAAAACAAAAAUGAAAUUGAAUGUGGCACAAAAGAGCUCUUUGGCAAAGGAGAAUUUAAGAUAAAUGUUCAUGGUGAAGGUGAACAGUGUGAUGAAUGGCAGGGAGAAACAUGGCUUCUUCAAAUAGAAGGAGAUGCUAGCGUGACAGUCAACAGUGAAACAAAGACACUUUCCAAAGAUGAUGUCAUUCUCAUUCCAUCAGGUUCCAAGUACACUGUCAAAAGGUCAAAAGAUUCCAUAGGUAUGAGUGUUAUCAUGGACCCAAUGGCCAACAAGUGAAGAAACCAUUGCAUAGAUACUUUCAUUGCACCCUGUCCACUGACCUCAACACUAAACCAAGAGCAUGCAAUCCUGCAACAACAGUUGCAUUAUUUAUAGACAAUUUUCAACUUGAAGAAAGAUAAAUUUCUUAAGAUCAUGAAAAUAAUGAUUAAAAAAAAAACUGAAAUAACUUAACUUGGGAAAAGGGAUUUGUGUUGGGUUUUUGUUCAAAUCUGUCAGGGAUAUAUUUUUUUAUGAAAAGUAUACUACAACAUUUUAUUUCUCUCUUUGUAAAAGAGUAUGUGAUAUUUUAUUGCUUGCUUAGACAUGGUCAGUAGAGAUUAAGGUGAUGAAAAAAUAAAGAAAAAAUAUUGUUUUGUCUU